AUGUUGGAAGACAUAAAACGACAACAGGAGGAUCUAACGGGCAGAGACAACGAGACAUCAAAGCUGAAUUCGGAUUCUGAAUGCUCUGUGGAACCAAGUCAGCUGUUCGACGAAGAGGCAGGUCAGAUAAGGCGGCCAGGCUACGAUGAACAGCUCAAUGAGGAAAAGAGCAGCGACGAUGAGGCAUCAUUAGAGGCUUCGGAUUCUCAUCACUCUCUCGGGCUGAAUCAGCUGUUCGACGAAGAGGCGGAUCAACCGAGGCAACAAGGCUACGGCGAACAGCUAAAUGAGAUGGAGGGUAGCGACGAUGAAGCAUUCGGGGGGGCUUCAGAUCCCGAGCCUUCUGCCGGGCUAAGUCAGCUGUUCGACGAACAGGUAGAGCAGCUAGCCCAAGAUGGACGGCUCAAUGCAAUGGAGGGCAGGGACGAAGUCGAAGAGCGUGAUGCCAACUUCACACCACAAUCACCACCUGGGCUCGAUGAACCGGACGAGACUGAAGAGAUUGUGACCGUGAACGGCGCCGGAAGCCAAGAGGUCAUGAGCAGUCUGCGCCUACUCCACCUUGUCUUGAGCUUGAGUUACGAGUACCAGCCGCUUUCAAGUCCGGACUCCACCCGCAUUCUUAUUCUCCUCCCGGCUCAGAAAGCAGUGGACGACUUACGAUGUUGCAUGGACGAGGUUCGCCUUUCCGAUGUCGGGGACGAGAGUCAAGGCUACACGGCUCUCUCUUAUGUGUGGGGCGCACAUGAAGCCUCCCACAUGAUCUGGUUUGGAGACCGUCUUCUUCGAAUCCGGCCGAAUCUUGACUCUGCGCUUCGAAACCUCCGUCGGCGAGACCGGUCAAUACGCUUAUGGGUGGACGCCGUGUGCAUUAACCAGCAUGACCUGAUUGAACGGAAUCACCAGGUACAGCAGAUGCGGGACAUAUUCUCAGCUGCAUCGGAAACAAUCAUCUAUCUCGGGCCUCAAGACGGUGGCAAUACCGGCCAUUCGGCCUGGAACUUUUUGGAGCGGCACAGCACCUGGGCUUUGGACGAAAACAGAGACAUUGACCGUAAUGCUGCAGCGCGCCUGGAAAGACAUCUAGUGUACUUCCGGGGAGAACUCAAGGAUGUUGAGCUCGACGUGCUAUCAAGAUCAUGGUUCCGAAGGUUGUGGGUGUUCCAAGAGGCAGUCGUGUCGAAAUCACUUUCUAUCCAGUGUGGCAACCGACGGAUCUCCUGGGAUGACUUUUGCGAGAUACUCCUCCUGUCGCCGCGCCUCCAUGAUCGGUACGGUUUCAGUUUUGAGGACAAUCAAAAACUGGACAUCGUCCGGGAUAUCAAUAUUUCUCGCAGAGAAUACUUACGACAGCACGGUCUAGAACGCUUCUUGCCGUCCUGGCAGUUACCUAAGACUUUUGGUCCGUCACAGGGUGUCAUGGACAUUUUGGCCAUCCUCUCCAGGGCACGGUAUCUAGAAGCUUCAGACGCAAGAGACAAGAUUUACGGUUUGGUGGGCAUCUCUACUGGCAUCAACACAGCUGACCCGAGGUUCGCCAUCGACUACCGACUGAGCUUUAGCGAUCUAUACAUCAUCUUCGCACGAAACCACAUAAAAGCCACAAGAUCCUAUGACAUAUUCUCGUACGUCGACACUGCGACCGAGUCACUUUUCCAAUCAUCACAAUCGUCGCCUUUACUGCCCUCUUGGGUCCCAAACUGGCACUACCAGAGAUGCGUAUCGUACGGGAGCAACAGGACAAUUUUGGAGACAUUACCGGUGGAGACACCAACGGAAAAGGAAGCUCGCAAGAACAGGGUCGACGACGGCCACUACGUUCUUUCCACGCAACGGCGUGCAAGGACAAUGGCUGUGCAGGGUCGAAUCAUCGGGCGUAUCGACCGCUAUACUAUGCCUCUCCGCGUACUCGGCAUGAACGAGGUCCUUUUUCAGAACGCGAGGAACAGCACAGAAGACGAGAGCCAACGUUUCAAGUCUAUAAUGGAACUCUGGAAGCAGAUUUUAUAUUUUGAUAGCUUUGGCGUCUGGUCGCAAGAUAGAUGGACGGUUCUCAAGAGCCCAGCAGGCGGGGAAAUAUCAGCAAUCGUGAGCCGUCCGCGCGCAGCAGCUUUUGCGUCCUACUUCCAAGAGGGCAGGGUGAAGAACCCUACCUCGGUGGAACAUCAUCUGUAUGCCAGAGCUCGGCAGACUGCGGAUUGGUCCGAAGGGACCAACAAAGACUCAUAUGUCAUUACCGACAAGGAGUCUAUAGUCGACGGGAAGAGGCUCGCCAUCUGCGACAUGGAGACGGAAGCUGUGCGCCAAUUGGCUCUUGUGCCAUCUAUUGCGCACGAAGGGGACCUGGUGAUACAGAUCAGUGGGUCGCGUGUGCCUUUCAUCGUUAAGGACACUCCGGGUGUUGCUUGGCCGGGAGAGGAGGUGGAUCCCAGUGUGUUUUCCGUGUUGCCUGUCCCCCUGAAGCAGACAACGUGCCAAAUAGUCGGCGAGUGUCUGCUCAACGACUUUGAAGAGCUUGGAGAGGAUAAGAUGGACACGAUGUUCGUCAUAGUUUAG